GCUUCAGAUCCAUUUUCUUAAGUGCUCCAGUCCACAGUUUCUCUCUCCCUCACUCUUUCACUUCCUGCAACUAGUUCCAACAUGGCGCUGUAGGCAGAGGAGCUCAUCGGGAAAAAGCCACUUCUGGAGGAUGUGAACGCUGCCACUUGGAUAUUUCCAGCCCCAGAUUCCCCUUAAAGAUCUCCCUGCCUGAAAACACCAGGAAGUCAAACAAGAGCGGCUGCGGCGGAAGCUGAUGUGGGCAUAAGCAUUACACUGGGAGCCAAAAACCUUGCAGGUCAAAAGUAAUUACUUCAUGUGGUGUUUGGAAUCGGCAACAAACGAGGAAGAAACAGAAUAAAAAAAGGGGUGUGCAAGGUUCAAGAGUACAGGGAUACAUUUCUGGUAAUAUAGGCAUUCAGUUAAACAGCAAUGCCGGGAAAUUGUAUAUUUAACACUAGAUGGAUCCAUGAUCCAAAGUAUCAAGAGUGGAUCGCUGAAGCUGACAGACGUCAUGCCAGAUGUCGACUCUGUCAUAAGACAAUAAACUUGGCCAGCAUGGGUGAAUCGGCGCUCACUAGUCACGGAAAAGGAGCUAAACACCAAAAGUUAUUAGCUUACCAACGUGAAAAAAACUGGAGCAAGACGAUCGUGACAUCAAUCUUCGCAAACGACUCGAGUAGUAAGUCUGCCUCGGGCUCAGUCGCUGCUGCAACUGACCGUAAACCACCCGAUGCACUGCCUUCGUUCUCAGCCGCUGCCGCAACUGACCGUAAAAUACCAGAUGCACCACCUUCGUCUGCAGCCACUACUGCAACCGACCAUAAGCCGCCAGUUGCACCACCUUUGUUCUCAGCCACUACCACAACUGAUCAUAGACCACCAGAUGCACCACCUUUGUUUGCAGCCGUUGCCGCAACUGACCAUGAACCACCAGAUGCACCGCCUCCAUUCUCUUCUGACCUUGGGACUACAUCAGCGAGUAGCACGCCCCCGGCGCAAUCAGCUCCAGCGUCAUUUGCGAACAACACGGAUGCAUUAAAAGCGGAUUUACGGAGUAUGUCGCUGAGGAUAGCACGGUUGGUGAGGUCUGCAUGGACUCCGGCAAGGCCUUUGACAAGGUCCCACUUGGGAGACAAGUCAACGAGCAGAAGCGCUAUGGCGAACCGGAACACCUGUACAGAGGUGGUGUUGCUGGCUUGCGGCUCAUUCAACCCAAUCACAAAUAUGCACCUGAGGAUGUUUGAAUUGGCCCGCGAUCACCUUCAUGAAACAGGGAGAUACCUGGUGCUAAGGGGCAUUAUAUCCCCGGUGGGUGAUGCGUACAAAAAGAAGGGCCUUGUGGAGGCAAACCAUCGUGUGGCUAUGAUAGAAAAAGCCAUCCAGUUGUCUGACUGGUUGACGCUGGACACCUGGGAAAGUAAGCAGAACGAAUGGGUGGAGACUGUCAAAGUGCUGAGGCAUCAUUGCGAGAAUCUGAAGAACCAAUUCGUCAUCGAUAAAAAGAGCGCCACUCAAUGCCGGAAGGGAAAGAAACGGAAGAUCGAAGAGAAAGACGUCUGUGUGAUAGAUGAAAGAGAUAUACCGCAGCUGAUGCUGCUCUGUGGAGGAGACGUGUUGGAGUCAUUUGGAGUUCCGGACCUGUGGAAAAAGGAGGACAUCGAGGAGAUUUUGGGCACCUUCGGGAUGGUCUGCAUCAGCCGACAUGCGUGCAAUCUUCAAAAAUGCAUCUUCGAGUCCGACAUCCUCUGGCAGUGCAGGAACAAGAUUCACCUUGUGACCGAGUGGAUCGACAACGACAUCUCGGCCACCAAGGUGCGCCGCGCCUUGCGGAGGGGACACAGCAUUAAGUACGUGGUUCCCGAUCCGGUCAUUGACUAUAUUCUAUGGCAUCAGCUGUACGACCAGCACAGCGAGGACAGGAAUUCCGGUGUGGUUUUAGCACCUUUUCAGCGUUACAAAGAAGAAUCGAGCAGGAACGCAGUAUACCGCAGGUUUUUACAUCCACAGCUCCCUUGGCCACCUUGGUUCCUUUUUGCACCUCGGCCCUCAACGGACACAAUGCCGACAGAUUUCAGUGGUACCUGGCAUUUGGUCAGCAAUGAAAAUCUUGACCCUUACUUGCAAGCACUGGAUAUUGACUUUCCUAUCCGUAAGAUUGCGGCUCUGCUGAAACCUGAGAAGGUUAUUGAACAGGAGGGAGAUUCAUUCAUCGUCAAAACAAACAGCACCUUCAAAAAUUAUCAAAUCCAAUUUACGGUGGGAGUAGAAUUUGACGAGGAUGUGAAAUGUUUGGAUAAUCGCAAAUGCAAGAGUCUUGUCAUGUGGGAGAACAACAAACUGGUGUGCACUCAGAAGGGAGAAAAGAAGAAUCGAGGGUGGACUCACUGGAUAGAAGGCGAUAACCUUCAUUUGGAACUCUACUGUGAAAACAAGAUGUGCAAACAGGUUUAUAAGAAAAUGUCCACUGCAUAAGUGAAGGAAGAUGCCAAAUGUGAAAACUAUUAAUUUGUGCGAUUUUAGGACAUUGAGUGAUCAAUAGUGGAAACUUUGCCCAUUGCCCUCAGAUUUAGAUCCGAAGGUACUUCUUACCACACUGAAAUAUGGAAACAGGUGGCUACCCUUCUGUGCAUUGAGGUAAUAUGUUACUGAGAUAUUCAGUGUCAAUCUGCUCCAGGAUUAAUUUUGUGGUGGGAUUACAUUCUUGAACAACUAAUGUAUUCACACUGUCGAUAUUUGAUUGAAUGGAAGUAACAGUUUCACAUGUAUGUGGGAAUCUGAUAAUCAUAAAGGAUUAGCAUCA